GUUUUGUUGUUGGUGGUUUCGGCGUUUUAUACUCCGUUUGCUCGUUGUGAUUUUUUACAGUUCAUGAACGACUGUACUAGCUACUGUAAGAAAGCACAUAGCAAAUUUGGUAACAUCAAGUUCUUUGAAGCCAAUCCCACCACCACUCGACACACCGCUGAAGAUAUCGGACUAACCUCAUGCCUUCAAAGAUGUCGUCUCGCCGAAGUCAUCAGACCCAAAGAUAGCUCAGAAAUCGGCAAAAUCUAAUAUACUACACAUAUAUACACAA